AUGGAGUCCAAAUACACCUCAGCCCAGAACAGGGCUGCGCUGGAAGAUUUUGUGCGGCAACCUGUACGGACAUACAUGGUCCAGCACCUUGCAAAGCAAGCCUCACAGGUCAUACGAUGUGAUCCAGAGCCUCUACCCCCCACAGACUCAUUACCUACUCCUCCGUCAACACCGCCUCACCCAUCGUCAGCAGAGCCCGCCCUCGCUCCUUUACCCAGCCUUGAACAGUUCAUCAGCUCGCUCGUCCACCGGUCUGCCGUUCAGGUGCCGACUUUAAUGACGUCUCUGGUCUACCUUGCCCGUCUUCGAUCCAGACUACCACCUGUCGCCAAGGGGAUGCGAUGCACUGUCCACCGUAUCUUUCUUGCGUCGUUGAUCCUGGCUGCGAAGAACUUGAACGAUUCGAGCCCCAAGAACAAGCACUGGGCAAGAUACUCCACGGUCAAGGGUUUUGAUGGUUUCGGAUUCGGACUGGCAGAGGUGAACCUGAUGGAGAGACAACUGCUGUACCUGCUUGAUUUCGACACUCGGGUGACGGAACAGGACUUGUUUGUCCAUUUUGAGCCAUUCCUCGCCCCCAUCCGUUUCCAGAUGGAGCUCCAGCAGGAAGAAGAAGAACUCACCAGCAGCUAUCGACACUGGCACUCUCAUCAGACCUCUUACGAUUCUACAAUGUCUGUGCCACCUUUGCCACGCAAGGAGCCGGCUCAACCUGUGGUUGCCACACCUCCUCCCAGAGCGGUCGGUGUAUACGAUUCCCCUGCUUCCUGCAUCGAUGAGGACCUAGCCGGCGGCCGGUAUCCAAGGCACAAGGCCAACAACAGUUCGUUGUCGCUACCUGCUCCAAGUCAUCGACGAUGGCCAUCCCCAUUCCGUCAUCACGGCAGCAAUCGAUCGGUGUCACCGCCGUCCAUUCGUGACCUUCCGCCUCUAGUUCCAUCUAGCAGACCUGGCACGAUGCACAGCCACAGCAGCUCCCGGUCUUCCUCAUUGGCCCCAUCAUCACGAUCGCGAUCUUCCUCUCUUGCACCGACCUCUCGAGGUACCCCGUACACUGCGUCAUCGAACAUCGACGACAGUAUUGUGGUGGUCGACCUGACUCAGAGCCCUGACGCGUCAUAUCACAGUGCACAUGGCAAGACUAUCUCGGUACCGCGGGCCAGCCUGAAAGGCCAUCAGACAAGCUUUCAAGGCGAAAGCCAACAGCCGGCCAAAAAGGUCAAGGCGGAUUCUGGUGUCGGCAGUGUGAUGGCGAGGUUCUUCAGUUCUGCUGCGAGCAAUUAUCGAAUUGGAAGGACACCUGUUCAACAAGCAGUCUAG